AUGCUCAAACUCGAGUUCGUGCCGGCCGCCGGUGACAAGCUCGUGCUCAAGCUCUCUCCUCCGCCGCCGCUUGCUGACAAGCAGGCGUCUCUGGCUGCGGACAACACGGCCGUCGUCGACUCUGACGGAGGUAACGCCGUCGGCAUCCCCUCCGAGCCCGUCUCGCUCAAGGAUGGCAUCGACACCGGCACCGGCGGCACCUGCACCGCCAACACCGGCACUGGCAACGUCCCGUCCGAGGGCGAGCCCGCCGGCUCGCUCGCCGGCGUCCACUUUGCGGGCGUUUCGCUCGACGCCGUGCCCGAGGCGUUCACCGUCGACGAUCCGGCCGGCGCCAAGGCCGUCGGCAUCCCGCCCGAGAGCGAGCCCAGCCCGCUCAAGGACGGCAUUGACGCGAGCAGCGGCAACGUCGCGGGCGGGUCUUCGCCGAUGAAGUCCUUCGCGAAGGUCGGAAUCGUGCCGGCUGACGACGGCCGCAUCACGAUCGUCAUCUCCGAGUCGGUGUCGCCUUCGCUCCUCGGAGCGAAGGCGUGCGGCGUCAAGGACAUCACCGUGGCAAAGUCUGGCACGGAGGACGUCCUCAAGAAGGACCCGGCCGCGGAAAAGGCGCCCGACGCGGGCGCGGUCGACUCGGACAAGGCCAAGGCCAUGUUCGCCACCCACCCGCCCGCCGUUUUCUGGUCCAAGUUUACGCGCCCGACCGGCCCACCGACGGCCCCCACCGGCGCCGUCAAGGGCGCCCUCAAGAAGGACAUCCCUGCGGCAACGUCUGGCGCGGAGGCCUGCGUUGACGAGACCGGCGCCAUCAAGAACCCGGCGCUCAAGCCGGCCACCGAGGUCGCCACGGCCCUCAAGCCGGCGGAGGCCGGCGGCGCGCCGCUGCCGUCGAUCAAGGAAUUUCCGGAGGAGAAGAAGCCCGCCGCCACGGCGGCGAGCGCCUGGUAUUGCGGGGACACGCGAGUCCUACAGGCGGGCACUGGGCUCGUCUUGUACCGCGCCAUCGCCCGCGCCGAGGCGUGGGGCCGCCUCAGAGCACGUCUUGACAUCUGCGAGUCGCAGGUCGGCUUCCAGCCCAAGUUCAAGAUCCUGGUCAGCUUCUACCAGAUCGCCGCGACGCUCGGCCCCGUCUACGGCGUCCGCCUCCACGAGGACUUCACGCGCUGGACCGACUUCAUGGACGCGAUCAGCCUCGACCUGCUUGGCCUCACCUAUCCCGAUGCCUGCAUCGGCUCGAUGGGAGACCGGCUCCUGCUCGCAGGCUUGUGGCCGAUCUUCUCCAUCAUGCUCGGAGGCGCCGCCCUCGCCUGCUGCGCCCUCGCGGAGUGGCUUCUGUCUGGUCGCGCCGACGCCCUCCAGCGCGACCUUGUGCGCGCUACGCUGCGUCGCCUCCUCUACUGGGCCAUCCUCGUUGCCUACCUCGUGCUGCCCUCGGUCUCCCGCUCCAUCUUCAAGGCGCGGCAGUGCGAGUCGUUUAAUGUCGACGACUUGACCGGGGACAGGCGCUCCUACCUCGUGGCCGACCUCGACGUGCUCUGCAGCGCCGACGACGACGAGUACAGCGGCCUCGACGCGUACUUCUGGGCCUUCUUUGUCCUCUGGCCGGUGCUCGUGCCGCUAGCCUUCCUGGCGCUCCUGCUUUCGAUCCGCUCCGAGGUGCAGGCGCAGCGAGUCAGGGCCACGGCCCGAGCCAGCCGCUUCCUCUGGCGCGACUACGACCCGCGCUUUCUCUUCUGGGAGGUCGUCGAUCUGGGCCGCAAACUCUUCCUUGCUUCACUGGUGCUCUUCAUUCAGACAGACGACGGCUCGAGCAAGCUGCUCCGCCUCCUCGUCGCCUCUGUCGUCUCGGCCCUCUACCUCGCCGCCCUCGCCCUCGCCCGGCCCUUCAAGCGCGACGACGACCUCUACCUCGCGUGCACCGCCAAUCUGUUGCUCGCCUGCUGCUUCACCUCCGGCAUGGUGAUUCAGCUGUGCGAGAGCGCCGCCUACGAGGACAUGUGCAAGGCCCUCGUCGGCUUCGAGAGUGCGCGCGGAGCGAGUGAGUUUGUGAUCGCGCUCACCGCCGCAAUGCUGGCCGCGUCGCUGCUCGUCGUCCUCUUCAAGACAGUCAGCGCCGUCCGCAUGCCCACCAUCCGCCUCUCCUCCUCCGGCCGCCCCCCAGUCCUCGAGCUGUCCCCCGAGUGCCACUUCCACGGCUUCAUCUCGCACUGCUGGGGGACCGGCCAGGACCAGACGCACACCGUCGUGAGGCAGCUCCAGCUUCUUCUCCCCGGCGUCCGGAUCUGGCUCGACGUCGACAACCUCGAGGACGUGGGCAGGCUCGAGGAGUCGGUCAGAGACGCGACGACCUUUCUCGUCUUCCUCAGCGCGGGAUACUUCAAGAGCUUCAACUGUCGCCGCGAGCUGUACGCUGCGCUAGGCUCGAACCGGCCCUUCAUCCCGAUCCAGGAGGCUGACGUCGACAAGGGCGGCGCCUCGAUCGAGGCGCUGAAGGCAGAGUGCCGCGAGCACUGCGUCGAGGUCGCCCCGCCUGGCCACCCCUCCUACAGCGGGCCGGACGAGAUGCUCGCGCGCGUGUUUGAGGCGACGACGCCGAUUGUGUGGGUGCGGGUGAACGCCUUUCAGCUCGAGUCGCUCAAGGCGGUCGCGCUUCGCAUGCUGUUGCACUCUCCUUACUAUGCGAGCCGCCCGGCCGAGCUUGCUGGAGGAGUGAUGGUCCCUCGCCAGGCGGGCCCCGUUGCCUUCAGCGGCCCCGUCACCAUCCUCGUGUGCCGCGACAACGAGGACGCCGUCGGCAUUGCAAGGGAGCUCAAUACGGCGGCGAGGGAGGGGCGCGGCUCUACCGCCAGCGCCGAGACGGUAACGAUCCGCGAUGCGGAGGAGGCGCUCGAGGGAGUCAACGCGGCCCCGCUCUCCGGGCACGUAGUGUGCCUGCUCUACCUGAACGAUAAGACCUUCCUGGACGCCGGCGGCGCCGUCGCGCGCCUCGUGCAAGCGGCGAUGGACCGACGCAUCGCGAUCGCCAUGGUCCACGAGCAGGACCCUACCUGCGGCGGCGUUCCGUUCCGCAACUUUUUCCAGCAGACGCCGCAGGUGCUGCUGCAGCCGCCGUACAAGCUCUUCGACACGGUGGCGGUGCCGCUCUACCCGGCUCCGGCGCACCGCACCGUGAGCCGCCGCCUCGCGCUGUGCAGCAUGGGAGCGGUGCCGUGCGACGCGGGGCCGCUCCAGCGGCGGUGGCAGCUCCUCCGCCGCCGCAUAGCGGUGGCACGCCUCGUGCGGCGGCGCCCCGCCGAGUCGCGCCAGCAGCCUGUAGUGCAGCCGUAG